UUUUAAUGCCGUUAUAAUAUUUUGGGUUUCGUAACGUCUUAUUAGCGAUAACAUUUUAACAAUUAUUUCUUGAUAUUUUGUUAAUAACCUUAAAUUACGUUUUACGGUUUACACAGCGCAGAGACCUACCUAAGUUGGUAUUUCGAGAGAUGACAUCCUUCAUCCUUCGGAUUAAUUUUUGAUGAACGUUGGUGUUGAACAUGUCGUCUCCACGUCCAAAAUCUCCACGACCUCCUAUUUCGACGAGGAAGGAUGAAAAAGAAGAAAGUUUCUGGGAUAAGAUUGGGACCUUGGGUCGAAAAAAGCGUAUCAAAGAAGUGCAAGAGGUACAGGAGGAAGGGAAAUAUGCAAUUGAUUCACCAGGAUUUGCAGCCAAUCCAGAGAUGCCACCAGAAGAAUAUGCGUUAGAUGAAAAUGAGGAACGUUCAAUGAUAGAACCUAGGUCUUUGGAAGAUUCUAAACUUAAAGAAUUAAUAUUUGUCCUCAUUGAAUGGAUCAACGAUGAAUUAGCAGACCAACGGAUUAUUGUUAAAGAUAUUGCAGAAGAUUUGUAUGAUGGACAGGUACUACAGAAACUAUUGGAAAAGUUGACAGGAAAGAAGUUAGAUGUUCCUGAAGUGACUCAAUCAGAAGAAGGUCAGAAACAGAAAUUAGCAGUUGUGUUGUCAGCUGCUAAUCAAGUAUUAGGACGCCAUCCUCCUUACAAAUGGAACGUAGAAUCUGUUCAUUCGAAAAACAUUGUUGCCAUUUUACAUUUAUUGGUUGGUUUGGCAAGGCAAUUUCGAGCGCCUGUUAGAUUGCCAGAGAGAGUAGCUGCUCAGGUUGUCGUUGUGCGUAAAAAGGAUGGCCAGCUAAUACACAGAACGGUUAGAGAAGAAAUUACAUCGACGUACGAUGAUUUGGGAAUGCGUUGCGAACGAGACGCUUUCGAUAGUCUUUUCGAUCAUCCGGCUGAUAAAUUAGCUGUAGUUAAAAAGUCGUUGAUUUCUUUCGUCAAUAAACACUUGAGUAAAGUUCAUUUGGAGGUGACAGAUUUAGAUACGCAAUUUCAUGAUGGUGUUUUUUUAACUCUUCUACUUGGACUUCUCGAAGGUUUUUUCGUACCUUUAGGUAGUUUUCAUUUGACACCUAAAACACAUGAUCAUAAGGUACAUAAUGUUUCAUUUGCAUUUGAUAUUAUGCAAGAUAUUGGUCUACCAAAACCCAAGGCUCGCCCAGAAGAUAUUGUAAAUUUGGAUCUAAAAUCAACUCUACGAGUAUUGUACAAUCUAUUCACAAAAUAUAAAAGCAUGAAUUAAGUUAAUAAAUAAUUUAAAGGAAGAUAAAUAUAAUAAGAUUUGAACAAAUUAAUGAGAGUUAAUUAGUGUUACUAAUGUUACUAACAUUACUAACCAAAGAAUAUGGUUUUCAUAAUUGGUACGCGAGCAAUGUACUUUUGCAUAUGAUAAUGGAGAACGGACAAAAAAAGUUAGGAAUAAUAGAUGUAGUAGAAGCGAAAUAGAAAGGAUAUUGUCAUGUCUUUAAAAUCUAAUAUUUCUUCAAAAUUAUAAUCCUUAUGUUAUUAUUCAAAUUUAUUCAAGUUAAAUAUAGUUGUACGAAUUUUAUACAUUCUUAUGAAGAUUCUAAGAAAUAUAAAAAUUUUACUUUUUAAA